AUGCGUAGGAUUCCCGAGCCCGAGCGCACACCCAGCUGGGUAUCUCGUCAGACAAGUCGGGAAGGUCCUCCAGACGGAGAAGGUGCGAUUGCGAUCACUACUGUUCCCAUCGGACCGACAUCCAUGGAUAAUGGGAAUGAUUACGGGGAAACGACUCAAAUCGGGACCCCUGUUCCGACACAGAUCGAGAGGGUCAUGGACUGGGGCAGGGGCAGUACCACCAAGUCGGAGGGGGGAUCUGAUGGUGACAGGGGACCGGUGACAGGGAUUGACCAAGAUUGGAACUACUGGAUUGGCGUGGUGAUCCGCGACACGCGACGAGCAGAAAGCAAAGCGAAAGAAACAACUGCGGUCCUUGUCAACAAGCCACGAGUGCCGCCGAACGGCUCUCACAUCACACUCGGCUGCGACUGCAUUGGGGAAAUCGCCGCGGCAGAGGAGGAGCAACCUCCCCUUCGCAUCCAUCGUCUCCGACGUGAUGCUAUUAUUCGCCGACCAAGUCAGGCCAAUGCCUGCGGCUACGUCGCUCCAAUUUCCACGGCAGGAAAAGUCCAGGGUCUUACAACAUGGAGACAUGGAGGCUGUGAACGUCCAGAUCUCAAUCUAGCGCCCCAAUGA